GUCAGCGAGAUUUUUGAAAUAAAGAUUAGAGUGAGCAAGUGUUAUAAGCUGCUUUCUACAAGUGAAGGUUAGAUUGACUUUUGAAAUAAUGUGGACUUCAAUCCGAAAUAAGAAGGAUACAAUAAGUUGUGAUGUUAUUGGAUUUUAUCAAGAUUUAAUCUGACGAAUUUACAUAAUAAAAUAUGAAUGUUUCCAACGUGUCUAAUAAUGUUCAGAACGUUUCGAAGAUAUUCAAUGGAACAAAAUACGUAGAAAGAGAAGGAGCGAGGGAGUGGUUUUGGGCAACCCUUGUCUUGGCAUGGAUGUUUGCCAUUUUGACGAUCACCCUAAACAUCGCAGUGAUUGUGUGUAUUUGUAGACAGAAGAAGAAGUCUAGAUUGUACUUUCUGCUGCUAAACAUGGCUGUUGCAGAUUUAUUGACGGGAAUAUUUGACACUUUUGUCAACGCAACAGAAAGAUCGCUCGGAUAUGAAGAUAUGACGUGGGCGUGGUUUGCUGGCUUAUACGGGUGUAAAAUACAAAGGAUGGCUGCUACCGCCUUUGCGAUGACUUCAAAUUUCAUACUUGCAGCCACUAGUUUUGAUAGGGCAUUUGUUAUCGCCAAACCUAUGAUUAAUUUCAAACAAGGUUUGUUGUACAGAAGUUUCUGGCAAUCUUUUGUUGGAUAUUCAGCUUAUUAUUGAGCAUUCCUGUGUAUCUAGCGAUGUAUUUGAUACCCGUGUUCUUGGACAAGGCCUAUGUUCUAUGCUUCAUUGACGAGAAGGUGAUCAGCUUCAGCACUGUGACGCACUACCUGCUGGUGUUCCAAUACCUACUCCCCCUCUCGAUAAUUGUGGUAAGCUAUGUGGUCCUGUUAUACGCCUUGGGCCGCCG